GCACGGUCCACCUCUACUGUACUAGUAGAGGUACCUAACGUACUGCCAAGUGACUACCUAAAGGCCGGUUCUUUGAUUGCGACAAAGCAACUUCCAUUGAACUUGGAGUAAUCGCUUUCAAACCUGCCCUUAUCAUCACUUUUUGACUUCCACCGUAAAACAAUUAGCAAAGCCGCAAAUAUCCUAGUUGCUUAUAAAACAUCGACCUCGCGCGUUUCAUCCUUUUUAAUAAUCAAAAGUAGCUAUCGACCCACGUUCGAGUCACAAUCAUCCACCAUGGAUGCCGCCGCGAUAGAAGAGACGAAUCGCCUUCGCGUUUCUCUGGGCAUGAAGCCUUUACCCGUCCCCGGCGCAAGUGGUCCUCAAUUUAAAGAAAAGACAUCUACGUCCGAAGAAGACGCCGGAAGUACACUCGAAAGCCGAGAAGCAGCCGCGUACGAUAACUAUAAAAAGAGUAGAGACGCCGAAGAGGCUAAGAAGAGACGGGAAGAGAAGGCCGCUGCCAUCAAAAGGGCCCGUGACGCUGCGAAACGUUUCGAGAGCCUACAAGGCAAAAGUUUAGGCGAGGCUGACGACGAUGAAGUUGAUACCAAAUCGUGGUUGAUCAGUCAAAAGAAACGCCAAAAGCAAAUUGAGAAGGCGCGGAAGCUUGAGGAAGAACUAGCUGCUGCCGAAGCCCAAGCAGCAGCAGCUAUCCAAUAUACGUCUAAGGAUCUUGCUGGUGUCAAGGUCGGCCACGAGAUCGGAUCCUUCGAAGAUGGAGAGGAGCAAAUCUUAACACUCAAGGAUACCGACGUCUUAGGGGAAGAGGAGGAAGGCGACGAGCUUGAAAACAUCAAUCUCAGAGAACGAGAGAAGCUCGAAAAGAAACUCGAGUUGAAAAAGAAGAAGCCCGUGUACGAUCCGAACGCGAUUGACGAAGACAGUGAGCGUAGCCUCUUGGCCCAGUACGACGAAGAGAUCGGUGCCAAAAAGAGCAAGAAGUUUACACUAGAUGGGCUAGGGAAUACUGUAUUGAGCGAUGAGUUUGAUGGUCAAGUACAGGGCGGACAAAAACAAAGAAUCAACCUCGAUAUUUUAACAGAGGACAAGCCAACCUCGGAUUACUUGGACAUCUCAGAAGUCAAAAUCAAGAAGCCCAAAAAGAAGAAGUCCAAGGCAACGAGACAACGUCCAGUAGAUGAAGAUGAUAUCUUUCCAUUACCCCCAGCUGAGCUGGAUCAGCCGAUGGAUAUAGAUUCGGGUGCUGGUUUCGUCAGCAAAAAACGAAAGACCGACGAUACGGCAAUCGCCGAUGACGAGGAUCUCCAGGCUACUUUGGCUGCUCAAAGAAGGGACGCCCUAAAGAAGCGUAAGAAGAUGCGCCCUGAAGAUAUUGCGAGGCAACUCCGAGAAGAGGCACAGACGCCGGAAGUUGAUAAUGAUGCCAACCAGGAGGGCGGACUCGUUCUGGACGAGAUUUCAGAGUUCGUUUCGGGGUUGAAGAAAGAGGAUAUCGAGGACCGCAAGCCUCGCAAACCGAAGUCGACUAACGAGGCUCCAGUCACGGCUAUGGAGGACGAAUCCGAUGAAGAUGAGCGGAUGAAGGACGCGUACGACGAUCAUGAUAGAGUUAAGCGCGAGACGUCAACUCCAGCAGAGACGGCCAUCAUCGGUGUUGAUGAAGAGAAGACCGUAGGGUCUGGUAUCGGUGCAACUCUACAGCUUCUAAGAGAACGACAGCUGCUGAAAGAUUCGGGUGCUGCCGAACUAAACGAAGCGCAGCGUCAGCAUCAACUAUUUGUCGCAGAGAAGAAACGAAAGCUAGCCGAGAUUGAACAGGAAGCCCGCCAACAGCGAGAGCGGGAUCGCAACAGCGGCAGACUUGACAGGAUGUCAGUGCGAGAGAGAGAAGAGUGGGCACGACAACAAAAUAACAUCCGCGAUCAGCAAACUUCUCGACAGCUAGUCGAUCUGUUCAACAAAGGAUAUAAGCCUAACAUAGAGCUAAAGUAUCACGACGAGUAUGGACGGUCUCUCGACCAGAAGGAGGCGUUCAAGCACCUCAGCCACCAGUUCCACGGCAAGGGAAGCGGUAAAGGCAAGACGGACAAACGACUCAAGAAGAUCGAAGACGAGAAGCGACGAGAAGCCCAGAGCAUGUUGGACGCCAGCCAGAACGUCGGCAUGAGCUCGGCCAUGACACAGCAGACCAAGAAGCGCAAGGAGGCCGGUGUCCGACUUGCGUGAUGGAUGUGGAAUGGGGUACAGACUGGUUUCAAAAGGUGCUUAUUCCCUUACUUGUGCAGUUAUCAGUUAGUAAUUCAGAGCUGACAUUAAUGUUUUCAA